UUGUACAUGUGGAAAGAGAGUUUGUUAUUGUCUUUAAAAUAUGACCAAAGAAGGAGUAAAAAACAAUAUGAAUAAAAAAAAGCAUCGGCUUUUUAAACCUAAAAAGAAAAAGAGUGUGGAAGAAGAUGCAGCUAUUCAAUAUUUACAGGCACAGUAUGACAAGAUUGUUCCGGUGGAAAUAAAGUUAUUUAAGGAUUUCCCUUUGUCACAAAAGACUUUAAAAGGUCUUAAUGAAAACAAUUUUUUUACUCCAACAGACAUACAGAGGCAAGCUAUAGGUUAUGCUUUGCAGGGUAAGGAUAUAUUAGGGGCUGCUAAGACGGGCUCAGGAAAGACACUAGCUUUUUUGAUACCCAUAUUAGAAAUAUUAUUCUGUAAAAAAUGGACUAGAAUGGAUGGUGUUGGAGCACUAGUUAUAUCACCAACUAGGGAAUUAGCUUAUCAGAUAUAUGAAACUCUUAGGAAAGUAGGACACCUUCAUGAUUUUUCUGCUGGCUUAAUAAUUGGUGGUCAAAAUCUUAAAUUUGAGAGGAAGAGAAUGGAUCAGAUGAAUAUUCUCAUAUGUACACCUGGACGUCUUUUGCAACAUAUGGAUGAGAAUCCUCUAUUUGAUUGCAGUCAUCUCCAGAUUCUGGUGCUAGAUGAAGCUGACCGAUGCCUUGACAUGGGCUUCGAAGCAACAAUGAAUGCUAUAAUAGAAAAUUUGCCUCCAAAGAGGCAAACACUACUAUUUUCGGCUACGCAAACAAAAUCUGUCAAAGAUUUAGCUCGACUGAGUUUGUCUUUUCCUACAUAUGUAGCACCUCAUGAACAGGCUGCUACUGUUACUCCAGAGUCUCUGCAACAGAGCUACAUUGUUUGUGAAAUUGAUGAGAAGGUAGGAAUUCUGUGGUCUUUCAUCAGAAACCAUCUUAAACAAAAAGUAUUAGUAUUUAUGGCUACUUGUAAACAAGUGAAGUAUACUUAUGACUUAUUUUGUAAAUUAAGACCUGGAGUUAGUCUUCUUGCUUUGUAUGGUACACUACAUCAAGAGAAAAGAGAAAGAAUCUAUCAAGAAUUCUGCAGAAAGUCAAAUGUAAUACUAUUUGCUACAGAUUUAGCCUCCAGAGGGUUAGACUUUCCUAGGGUGAACUGGGUUAUACAGUAUGAUUGUCCAGAAAAUGUGGAUACUUAUAUACAUAGAGCCGGUCGUACUGCUCGGGGGGUGCUUGGAAAAGGUGAAGGAUUGUUGAUGUUAUUGCCGCAUGAGGAAGCAAUCAUUGAAGAUCUGAAUAAAAAUAAAAUUCCUAUAAAUAAAAUAUCUGUUGACCCGUCAAAGGUAAUGUCACCUCAAAGAAAAAUAGAAAGUCUGCUUUCAGAUAACACUGAUCUUAAACAAACAGCACAAAGAGCAUUUGUCAGUUAUUUAAAAUCUGUUUAUUUGAUGAAGAAUAAAGACAUCUUUAAUAUUCACUCAAUAGACACAGAUGCCUAUGCUAGAUCACUAGGUCUAAUAGUUCCACCGAGAAUAAGAUUUCUGCAGAAAUAUAAUAAAACUGCAAUAGCAACACAUGUACCGGAUGCCAAAAAUACAGAUGAUGCUAUUGAAAAAUUAAAAGCAAAAGCUUCAAAUGAUGACGGAUCUGAUCAGAGUGAGUCUGAAAAUACUAAUGAACUGGUUACGGAAGUAACCAAAAAAUCUAAAACAAAGAAAGAGAUUCCUAAAUUUGAUUUUCACAAUGACAAUGAAGAUAGCGAUGAAGACAGUUUCCUUCAAGUAAAAAAGAAAAAUGUGCAUGUAGACUUACCUACAGUUCCAAUUGAUGAUAACAGAGAGUUAAAAAAGAAUACCAAGCCUUUGACUAAAGCUGCAGUUGCUAAGAAAAUACUUAAAAAAAAAAUAAAAGUCAACACUUUGGUGAAGUUUACAGAAGACGGUGAAGCAAUAGAAGAUGAUAAAAAAGAUGUUAAGUCUGAUUUGGCUAAACAAUUUGUUAAUGAAAAUGUGGGUGGUAUAGAUAUUGAGAAAGCUAAAGAAGUUUUGCGAGAAGAAGAUAAAUUUGAUAAAAUGAGAUUCAGAGAAAAAGUGAAAGCAAAACAUAAGGAACAAAAACGGAAACUGAAAAAUAAAAAAGAUGACGAAGGAGAGAAAGAUGACUUUGGAUCACAAUCUGAGUCAGACGGACCUGAUUUGUCAUGGCUUCCAGAUCCUGACAAAGUUUAUGGAGUAAAAGAUGGUGAGAAUAGUCAUAAUGAAGAAACAAACUCUUUAAAUAAUACUUCAGAAAUUUACAGUUCUUCUGAAAGUGAGAUAUCUGAAAGGAAUGAAAUAUAUCACAGACCAACUAAGAGAAAGCUGCUAGAGAGUAAGGGCAUUCCACAAGAAAGUAUAAUUCCUCGGAAAGUGAAGAAGAUUGAAGAUGUGUCAGCAUCAUUGUCAGUGCAAGAGGCUGAGGCGCUAGCAAUGCGAUUGUUGCAGUCCAAAUAAUCUUUACAAUAAAAUCGUUCUUGUAUAGUUCUUGUUAUUUAAGUAAAUAAAC